GAACGCCGGGGCGUGUCUGUUGUUGGUAGCCGCCUACUCAGUGACUGGGGGGUGCCAAAGGUACAACCCCUGUCCGAAAGAGGCACCAAGGCCAGUUUGUGCGCUGCGUGAAGAAUCGAUCAGAGUUUGCUGUUGUUUGUAGUUGGUGGUAUUUUCUCCUUGUUUCACCAUGUAAGAAAUACAGUCCCCUGCAGUAGGAACUUCCUGUGACGGACUUGUGUAGAAGAUGCGAUAAGCCCAGCCUCUCACUGGUCCAGCAUGGCCAGUUCCUCAUGGCGGGGCCAGGCACGGCUGCAGCUCCAGGAGGCGGACUCCAGCAAAAGGGGCGGGCGGGUGCUCUCGCCCCUCUAUGGUGCCGCUGUGUCUGCUGCUCCGUCCGAUUCGGAGGGUGUGUGCAUCCCGUCACCCUACGUGGAGAGGGGUCCAGACUUCCCGGCCCUCACCCUAUACGGGCCCCCUGUGCUGGGGUUCGGCCCAGCCCAUGCCCGUCCGCCCCUCCUCUGGCCCUCGCACGGCCAUGUGCCCUCGCUGGCUCUUCACUGCCAUCAGUCCCGUCUCCAGCACCCUGAGCCCUCCCACUGCCUGUGGGCAGAGCCUGCUUCCCACAGCCACAUGCCAGAUUGGAGCAGUGAGCUGGCGAGUAAGAAGCAGCAGGACGGGGCUGAGAUGGAGGAGGCAGGCGGUCCUGCAGAGAAGGGCAGCAUGCACUUCUGUGCCGUGUGCCAGGACUACGCCUCGGGAUACCAUUAUGGCGUGUGGUCCUGUGAAGGCUGCAAGGCCUUCUUCAAGAGGAGCAUCCAAGGGCACAAUGAUUACAUCUGCCCAGCAACCAACCAAUGCACCAUCGACAAGAACCGCCGCAAGAGCUGCCAGGCAUGCCGCCUUCGCAAGUGCUAUGAAGUGGGAAUGAUGAAAUGUGGCGUGAGGCGGGACCGUGGGAGCUGCAGGGGGGGUCAGCCCCAGCGCUCACCCUGGGGGGGCCGCUGCUCCAGGGGGGGUGGCAUGAGGAGGGGCGAGGCGGCUGUACCCCAGGUGAGGGAACCCCGCGCCCCGCCCCUGGCACUCACACCCGAGCAGCUGAUCUCACGCAUCAUGGAGGGGGAACCGCCUGCCAUCUACCUGAGUGAGGAGGUGCAGAAGCCCUUCACUGAGGCCAGCAUGAUGAUGGCGCUCACCAGCCUUGCCGACAAGGAGCUUGUUUAUAUGAUCAAUUGGGCCAAGAAGAUCCCAGGCUUCGUGGAGCUCAGCCUCUUCGAUCAGGUGCACCUGCUGGAGUGCUGCUGGCUGGAGGUGCUGAUGCUGGGCCUGAUGUGGAGGUCUGUGGACCACCCUGGGAAGCUCAUCUUCUCCCCCGACCUGAUCCUCAGCAGGGAGGAGGGCAGCUGUGUGGAGGGGAUUAUGGAAAUCUUUGACCUGCUGCUGGCUGCCACGUCCAGGUUUCGAGAACUGAAGCUGCGGCGUGAGGAGUACAUCUGCCUCAAAGCCAUGAUUCUCCUCAACUCCAACAUGUGCCUGGUCUCUCCAAACAGUGGGGAGGUCCUGCAGAGCCGGGCCAAGCUGCUGGCUCUGCUGGACGCAGUGACAGACGCACUGGUCUGGGCCAUUGCCAGGACGGGCCUGACCUUCCAGCAGCAGUCUGCCCGACUCGCCCACCUCAUCAUGCUGCUGUCCCACAUUCGCCACAUCAGUAAUAAAGGCAUGGAUCACCUGCACUGCAUGACCAUGAAGAAGAUGGUGCCACUCUAUGACCUGCUCCUGGAGAUGCUUGAUGCCCAUAUAAUGCAUAGCACCCGUGUAGCCAACCCCAUCCCCACUGAGCCCGGGCCCUGCCCCCUGGGCACACCAGUUGACAACCCCCCCGCUUGCCCCGCCGAACCCACGCGGCUCUGCUCGGUCCUGGAAAUGCCAUCCCCAGAAACAGAGGCACUCCGGGGAAGCCCUGCCCCCUCGCUCGCUCCCCCAGAGACCCCUUAAAAUGUCUCAUCCAUUGCAAGGAUUAGCGGGCAGCGGAGAUGACCGCAUGGGCAGUGGAGACCAGCGCUGCCUUGCGCGACUGCGGACUCGUGCGGAAUUGAGGGUUUCCGUGCUCAUCUUUCUGCGCUCGCAGAUCCCUUUCUUCCUUUUUCUCUCUUUCCUUCUCCCUCACUCCCUCCCUUUCUCCUGCUGCCCCUCCUC